AUGAUUCUCCCCGACUACGAUCGCUCGCCUUCUCCCGAACGAUCGACUUCUCCGCUAACCAUGUGGAAGAACGCGCAUGCUGUCGAUAUGAACAUGCAGUUCCAAUUCCCGCCGAGCGCAUACAUCGCCGGCCCCGUCACCCCCACGACACCAAUCAUCUAUGGCAACGGGACCAUGCUGUCUGAUAUUGGCGAGGUCACCGAGGCUGAGAGCACACCCGGCAAAGCUUCGCGCCCGACUUCUGUCAUCUGGUCGCGACCCAACAACGGAGGCGCCGACGAACCGCGAUACCCGUCACCCACGAAAGCGCUGGAGAGUUUAAAGCAGCGAGCAGCGCGGGCGACGCGUGAACGGCGAUCCUCCAUGGACUCGACAAGCACCAUCACCACGAUGCAAGACCAAAACGCCCUGUUCGCCGACUUUGACGACACCGUGAGCGUCGACGACAGCAACUUCCAAGGUGACGACGAGGAGAGCAUGGCGGAAUCGUAUGUAGAGAACUCGCCUGUUCGCCAGGGGCAAGGCACCUCGCUACCCGUCCCUUCAUCUCUCGACGAUCCCAACAGAUACUCGACAUCUCUGAUAAGUCGCCGAGCCGAGCAAAUCUUGGCAAAUGCCAAACGGAGGCUCACGAGCGCGAAGUUCAUUGAGCAUCUCGACGCCUUCAAUGUCAUCCCUCGACGGCAGCCACUCAACUCCUUCUCCCCCGAUAAGGUCUGCCUCAUCGGUAACCUCUCCGAUGUCUGGUGGUCAGGGGCAUGCAAGGAUGCUAAGUGA